GAAAAUCACAAAAAUUACACUAAAGUCUGAAAAUUUUCACUACUUUUCCGCCUUAUAAAUAAAUGGGUGUGAGCAAAGGUUUCAUUUGAGACAUUUUUUUCUCUCUCUUUUGCCACCACCGUACCUUUUCACGUGUCCCUCUCUUUCCUUGUUCUGUUCUGUUCGCUCUGUUUGUUUCCUAGGAAAAGAAAAAACCUCAAUUUGGUUCCUUUAUUUUUUUCUCCCUUGUUCUUAUAUUAAGGUUGUUAUUGGGAGGUGUUCGGUGUUUGUUUGUUAAAUUUUCACCUUGUUUGAAGGGGUGAGGCAGAGAUUGUUGACAACACAAAAGUUAAAGGGUGGUGGUUGCAGAAAAAUGGAAGGAAGGAAGGAAAUGAGUUCUUCUUUCACUUCUGAGCUCUUUGGGUCCAACCAGUCCCAGAAAUCUUCUGCUUCUGGAAUUUUUGAAUCUAUGUUUUCUCCACCGUCUAAGGUGUUAGGGAGAGAGUCUCUGCGUUCUGAAGUGAGUGACAAAACUACCAGUGAUGGUUGGAGCUCCAAAGUUGGUACUUACGAUUACUACAAGGGAAGUGAUGGUGAAACUCAGAGCACAGAACAUAAAGAUAUGAGUUCUAUCUAUCAGGAACAAAGAGUUCAGCCAUGUCACCUUAGCUCAUCAAUCUAUUAUGGUGGCCAGGACAUAUAUUCUCGUCCCAAGAGUACACAAGAUUCGGGAUUAAACUCUUUGCAGUACAAGAAAGAUGGGGUUGAAGAUGAUUCAGGAAGUGCUUCAAGAGGAAACUGGUGGCAAGGAUCUCUCUAUUAUUAAGAUCACACUUGUCAAGGGAUGUGCUUAAGGUAAAGUAGAAGGAUAGUUUAGUAGAAUAGUCCAUCUUUUGCUGAAUGUACGAGUUAUACUAUAGUGAGAACGUGGUGGAUGGCUUGUUGCUUUCUCCAGCCAAACAACAGAAUCACAAUAUGAAGCAGUAGUAGUCAUACGCAUUUCAUUCCAUUUACAUGUAAAGAGUAUCGUACUUAGCAGUGGGGUAAUGUAAAAGUUGUGUGGUAUAGGAACCUCAUGUGUCAUCAGCUACUCUCAUGUGGUUGAAGCUUUCAAGAUUUUACUUUAAUGGGAGAAACACUGUUUUACUGGUUUCCCCUUUACUUUGAAUUUCAGAUAUGAUGAGUGAUAAGAGAUAAUCUAUGAAUAUGUACAUGUAUCAUCAGCAUGCUCUUAUGAGGCUGAACUGUAGUACUAAUUUACUUUAUGAUUGAAGUGAAGUCCCCUUUACUGCUUA